GUAACGGAGUUGCAAUAUAUCCGUAAAGAAGACAGUACGAAUAAAUACCUCACAUCGUCUUCUUCAUCCACUUUUGUUCUCUAGCUAUUAUACAGUUCGCAUCAAAUCAAAAUUAGAGUUACAGAUUCUCCGCUAAGAGUGUGAAGACGGUGUUGUUCAGAGAUUUGAGAUCACACAACGAUGGAGGUAUUUGGAAAAUCUUCAGCCAAUGUUAUUUACUUGUCUGCGAUACUGGGCCGUCGUGACGGACCCGACCCGAGUCACAAAUGUGACUGCAAAUGCGAGAACGAGAACGUUUGUGGGAACAUGUACCGUUGCAAGCUAACCGGGUUAACCCACGUCUGUGACAAGAACUGCAACCAAAGGAUCCUUUAUGAUAACCAUACCUCUUUGUGCCGAGCUAGUGGCCGGAUGUUCCCGCUCUCCUCGGCUGAGGAACAGGCGGUUAGAGGUGUCCGUAGGAAGCUUGAUGAUGAGAGUCAGCCCUCUGAGAGCUGCGUUAAGCGUCGUCGGCGUGAUGCUCAGUUUCAUUCUUCUCCUUUCGAGAGGUCUUUCGGUGUUGUUAGCCCGAUCUGCAGCCGAGCUGGGGAUGGAAUGGAUAUGAACUAGAAGAGGCUUUUCUUUUAUCUGCUCACCUAGAAUAAUAACACUGCACAAUUAGAGACGUUAUUCAUGUGCUUUUCCAGGGACACUGGUUUGUAGCUCCCUGUCUGAUGAAGCAUUUUAUCUUAGUGUUGUUGAACUUUAUGUAGUAGUUAUAACUUAGGAGAGACUUUGUGAUUCUGCUACUCUGUUCUGGACUUUCUUCUUUUAAUAUAACUAGGUUAAGUAGAAUAAUAACCCACUUGUUUCUGUCUUAUAUUCGCAGUUUGUCCUUGUGUUUGUAUACAGGGUAGAGGCAGCCUUUCUUUGGUUGUGUAUCUUGUUUUGGUUUGUUCUUAACUGUUACAAGAUAGCAUUGGUGAUUCCUGAUAAGUUUAUUACGACAGGUUCUUCAAGAUGAAGAAUCGUUUUGGUUUGUUAUCCUGCAGAAUAUUCUUUUGUGAGACAUGAUUGAUUACAACCUAUACUUUGUUUAAGAUCAAGUUUCUUCUUUUACAUGAUUGAUGAGCCCUACAAGUCCUGAAUUCUUUUAUGUGCGUGCAGGUUUCAUAGUGUUGUCAUGCAGGACAGCUAAAUUGUCAUUACUCUCUUUACAAUGAAUCAAUUAUUUUGACUGAUAUGUUUCUCAAAUUUCAAGUGUUUUGAGGGGUAAGUCUAACAAUUGGAAGCUUCCUUGUAGGUACAUUUAUGAUCUCAACAGGCAACUAGGGGGAGAGGAAGGACGGGUAUAGAAGAAAGAUAAUACAUUAGCUAAUGACAUAGACUACAUGGUAAUUUUGCAUUCGAUAAACUGUGGCAAAUUUCAAAUUAUUUUCUUUGGUUUGUUUAUGCUGCAAGUUUUUUUGGCCUCUGUAUCACCCAGUCAUUUUUUUUUUUCAUUCUCUCUUCAUGUGUCUGAGGAUCUGUUUUUUUCCAACAUCUCCCAAACUUUAGUUUGUUGAUUAAGAUAACAAGUAUUGACAUCUUACGUCAACGGAUUUGGACAUUUUACAUCUUACAUCUUGGCAAGAGAACGAGGUCCUGGUAUGUAUUAGCAUAUACUAGCAAUUACUGGUUCUUCAUUUAUUAUAUUAUACUGAAGGUUUCAUACUCGUUGGAAUUUGAAUUUAAUGUUCUUAGUAGCUGAAUACAUAAAACUUUAGUUUUGGUUAUAAAAUCAUUCCUUCAGACUAGUAAAAUAGGCCAAAGGUCAACAUUUUUUAAUUCUAUCACUAGUUGUUUUCAUUGAUAGCCUGAUAAAAAAAGAUUACAUAUAGCCAUGUUAUAUAGCUAUACUAGGGGUAUUCCGGCGCUAGGGUUCGCACUUGUACUCUUAUUUGCUGUGGGCCUGUGGCUACUCUCUUGGUGAUUAGUCUCUCCAUCCUCAAAGCCCUCGCUGUCCUUGUGUUAACUGAAACUCAUGUUAACAUAGUGAAGUAAGUUACGGUGUCAUGUUAUAGAUCAUGGAUGAUCUGAUUGGUUAGUACCUCGUUCUAAGUCACCAACAUUAAUGUCCUCAACUUGAACAGGAAGGAUAGUGUCUUGGUUGUAUUGUAUGUCUUGCUGGGGGCUUUGCAACUUCUUCUUGCGCGGAUGCUUCUUCGUUGCUGACGGGCAAGCCUCCCAUUAGUUUCUGUGAAUGUUAUUCAAACCGGAAAAGUGGCUGGUGUUAGGGGAAGAUAACACUCUCUUAACCAGGGCUGGCGUUGAUCAGAUACUGGAGAAACAGAGAGCAAAUGACAUGAUGAAGUUGAAAAUUAUAAAUCUGUCUGAAAUAUUGUCGGGUUAGGACUUACUUUUUUUCUUUUUCCGGCUUCUUUUUGGUGCAGAUGAUGAUGAUGGUGUGGAUAGUACAGGACCACUUUGUCUUCUCAGGGAUCUCGCUGAAGGUGCUUUGCCUGUCACUGCUACUGGUGUCUUCACCAUGACUUCUUGCAAUCUAGAUGGUAGAGAAAUCAAUGAUGGAGAGUCUGAAUCAAAAAUGGGGUGAAAGUAUGCAAGGGUUUGUUAGUAACGGAAUGCUGAGUGCAUUCCAUUCACUAUCUGCUUUUAGUAUUUUGUUGUGGGAGUCGUACAGAAUCUCUGCAACUGUUACUGGUUUAUUAAAGCUAGGAGGAUAUAACUAUGUAAAAUCUUGGAUAGUAUCUACUGUUUCAGAACUUAGUGCAAAUGGCAUUAGGACUUAUAACAUGUAGUAAAUUGUCGCUUAUAAAGGUUUAUAGAAGGUAGCAUCUUGGGUUUUCUUGA